CCCUAAUGAAACAAUUUCCUCUACAUAACCAGCACAAACGAUUUUCUAUUGAGGCAAUGUCUUUGGCCUCCUUAGGGUUGCGUGUUGUCCCUUCUCCUAACCCAAGAGAGAGUCAAAUGGUGGCAAGACAUGCUGCUUGUGGCUUCGGUUUGAUUAGAAAAAGUGACACCGCACGCACACAGCCACCACAUGGCACCAAAGCCACCGCAAGAUGAUAACAUAGGGGGCACCUAGCUUCUUGCUUUUUGUUUCUAGCUCCUCUAUAUUCAGUCAUCGAGGACAUGUCGUGCCCGGCAAGUGGUUAUAGUUCCGGUGUUCGUUGCCAACGCUAUCCCGGGGGCAAUGGCCGUGGCAGGUAUCAGGGCAAGUGGCUGGGCAACCAACACCAUGGCUAUGGCGUAAAGAAAUCCGGAUGCGGUCUGGUCUACGAAGGCCAGUGGCAGCAUGGCCAUCGGCAUGGCUAUGGCACUCUGCGACAGGAGAAGCCCAAUGGCAGUAAACAACGCGUCUAUGUGGGUCAGUGGGAGGAGAAUAAGCGGAGUGGCGAGGGCAAGCAAUUCUAUCCGGAUGGUUCGGUUUACUACGGCCAGUGGCUGGCGGAUAAACGCAGUGGCCAGGGCAUCUUGUGGCAGGCCGAUGGUGGGGUCUAUGUGGGAGAGUGGCUACUGGAUCGAAUGCAUGGCAGAGGAGUGCUUUUUAUGGCAAAUGGCAAUCGCUAUGUGGGUCAAUUUGAAGAUGGCUGCAAAUCAGGCUCCGGAGUGUAUUACCAUGGCAACAAGGAUGAUGGCCAGCGCAUACAGCGUGGCUUUUGGAGCCAGGACAUUUGCAGGACCUCACUAAUGCCCCUCCAGCUGCCCCGUUGA